AUGUAUACACCGUCUCAGUACCUCAGCUUAGACGAGUCCUUGCUUUUAUGGAAAGGUCGUUUAAGCUGGAGGCAGUGUAUACGGACCAAAGCUGCUCGCUUCGGAAUCAAAUCCUUUGAGCUUUGUGAGGCUGAAACCGGCUACUUGCUCCAAUACCGGAUGUACACAGGCAAAAAUACUGCCAUGUAUCCCGGACCCUUACAUGGCUUUAAUGACAAAACCGCGAAGGUUGUCUUACAGCUCAUGGAGGGGUACCUGGAUACAGGGCAUGUUCUCGUUAUGGACAAUUGGUAUAACCAAUUGCUCUUAACGAGAUAUCUUAAAAGCCGGUGUACAGAUGUAUUGGGCACGAUAAGCCGCCGGCGAAAGGGGAUACCACAUGCUAUAAAGGAUUUGAACCCGAAGCAGCUGGAGCGUGGGGUGUCUGUAGGUAGACAUUGCGGUGACAUCGCGUUGGUGGCGUGGAAAGAUGUCAAACUUGUCACCGUUUUGUCUACCUACCACCAACAUUAG